AUGAUGACGAUGUCGUGCACCGGGAGCUGGACGGUGCAGAGCUCCAGACGUCUCAGCGGCGCGCUCUUAUGUGCGCUGCUGCUUCUCCUGCACUCCUGUCCUCUCUCUCAAGCCCAAUUGACCGACAAUGAGUCCGAGGAGGAGCUGAGCCCGAGAGCCCUGCGGGAUUUUUACCCCAAAGGUCCGAAUUUGACCAAUGAGAAGCAACUGCUUGGAGCUCUCCAGGAAGUUCUUGAAAAGCUGCAGGCUAAAAGACUACCGAUGUGGGAGAAGAAAUUUGGCCAAGUCCCGACGUGUGACAUUGGAGAACAGUGCGCGGUGAGAAAAGGCGCUCGAAUCGGAAAGAUGUGCGACUGUCCUCGGGGAGCUUUCUGCAACUUUUUCCUGCUCAAAUGCUUAUGA